AUGAGCGCAUUCAAGAGCUGUCCUUCUUGGUAAGAUUUUAACCUAUAAUUCAGUUUGGAACAAGUGUUGUCCACCAACUUCUUGCUCCAUUCACUUUAUUGCGAAAGAAAUAUUGUCCAAUGUGAAUUAUGCGAUCAACGUAUAGAUCUAAAUGAGAAAGAGGACCACAUGAUUUUACAUAAAAAAAAAGCAUGUCCAUACUGUCAAGAAAACUACGAAUAGCAGAUAUUGGAGAAGCAUUAGAUCAAUUGUCCCAAUAAGCCAUUAUUGUGCUGCUAUUGUGAUUUGAUGGUAAACCAAUUAGAAAUGGUGUAACAUCAAGUCAAAUGUGGUGCUAGAACUGAAUAAUGUCCUCUUUGUAAAAAGCACAUUCAAAAGAAAGAAUAUGAUAUUCAUGUAUCUAUUUGUUAAUUGCCAUCUCCAUCUUCUCCUAAAAGAGCAAGACUACAACAAGUUCUUUGUGAUAGCUCAGAUGAUAAUUCAGUUCAAGAAGUCAAAUAGAAUCCUUAAAACAGGCGUCCACUUAAGAAGGAACCCAAAAGUUAUGCUCUAAAGUAGAAAAAAGAACAGAAGGAUUAAAAGCAGCAAUUCUAGAAGCCUUUCCUAGAUGAUGAUGAAGAUGAAGAGCUUCAAAAGGCAUUAUAUUUGUGCGUAAGAUUUAAAGCAUUGCAUCAGCAUAGGCAUCUCUCUCAUCCAAUCUAUCACACACCUAAAUCUCAAUUGCAACGCAGUUUCAGUUUGCCUAAAUUCUUUGUCUUUAAUCCCAGGAAGCAAUUCCAUGGCAUCCCUCAAAAAAUGAGAAGGAAAAGUUGUGAUUGUAAAGAAUGCGGGCAAAUGACUAACUUUCAAUAUAGAAAUAUGAAUGUCCCAUUUGUUCUUAAACCCUUUAGAAUCAGAAGACAACCAUCUCUAAAAACUAAUCGAUUAUUGACUGCAUAAAAUACAAAAAAACUCUUUCGCAAAUUCUCUGCUUCCAAAUAAGACACUCUGGUUUGUACAUCUUCUUCUCAAUUAAUCCUCACUUCUCUCCGUAGAGCUUCAGCAAGAACCACUGAAAAACUUAUUGAAGAUACUCAAGUUCGAAUACUUGAACCUCCUAAAUCUUGCAAAAGUCAUUUAUUAUAAAAUACUAACAAACCAGAAAUGACAAAGAUAACUUUAUAAAUCCCAAAAUCUUUAAGAAUUAUCAAAACUCAACCCUCAGAGCACUCAAAAAUCAAACUACCUCAAAACCUAAGAAGCUUGUAACAAAUUUACAACAGAAACUUUCUUUGUACAUACUUAACUAAAUAUAAGAAAUCUAAAACCUAAAUCAAUUUAUCAAAGUAUUGA